AUGGACGACGACGACAACUCCCCGUCGCCCUCCCUCUCGCCGGCCUCCUCCUCGCCGCUCCCGGUCGCCUCCGCGCUCCCCGUCGCCGACCCCGUCACGGUCGCCUCCGCGCCGCCCGGCGGCCCCCUGACGCUCGCGCUCCCGAUCCAGAAGCACGGGUCCUACCCCAGCCACGGCGGCAGCGGCGGUGGCGGCGGCGGCGGGGGCGGGGGCAGGGAGGAUGCCUGGAGCGAGGGCGCCACCUCCGCGCUCAUCGACGCCUGGGGGGAGCGCUUCGUCGCGCUCGGCCGCGGCAGCCUCCGCCACCCCCAGUGGCAGGAGGUCGCCGAAGCCGUCUCCUCCCGGGACAACUACUCCAAGGCCCCCAAGUCCGACGUGCAGUGCAAGAACCGCAUCGACACGCUCAAGAAGAAGUACAAGAUCGAGAGGGCCAAGCCGGUCUCGUCGUGGCAGUUCUAUGACCGCCUCGACGUGCUCCUCGCGCCCACCUACAACCAGAAGCCGGCCGCCCACCCUAACGGACGGAACGCAGUGCCCACGGCGCUGCGCGCGGGCUUCCCCCAGCGCAGCCGCACGCCGCUGAUGCCGGCCUCGGCGCCCGUCAAGCGGAGGGCGCCGUCUCCGGAGCUGUCGGCAUCGUCUGAGUCGUCCGACGGGUUCCCGCCGGAGCCUGCGCUUCCGGCGGCGAAUGGCAAGAGGAGGAGGACGGACGAGGGGCGCGUGGAUGGCUUCAGCGGCGGUGACCGUUCUCAGGGCAUGCGAGAGCUAGCGCAGGCGCUACGACGCUUUGGUGAGGCCUACGAGCGCGUGGAGACAGCGAAGCUGGAGCAGGCCGCCGAGAUUGAGCGCCAGCGUCUGGACUUCGCACGGGAGCUUGAAUCGCAACGCGUGCAGUUCUUCCUCAAUACGCAGAAGGAGCUCUCACAGGGCAAGAGCCACAUCUCUCCCGCUGCGGCUGCCUCCCACUCCCAGGUAGGUGCCGCCACUGUUGGUGGCUCAUCUAGGAGGAUGGCGUCCGCACCAGAUUCCACAUCGAGAAGAAUGGCACCGUUUCCUGAUGCCCGGACGAGCAGCAAUCACCAUGACCGGUACCGUGCCAGCGACGGUAGCAGACACCAUCACCGCCCUGCCGUUCGCCCGCAUUAUCAGUACCAUGAGAACAAUAUGGCCGACUCUGCAGCUGCCAGCGACGGUGAGCAGAGCGGUGAUGAGGAGGAAGAGGACGAUGACAAUGAAGAAGAGAGCCAGUAA